AAUUCCAGCCUGCUGGUUGUAAUGGAACGCAAAACGUGGAAUUGAUCCACUAUUUUGACAGCCUCUGCUCCUUCUUCCUUCCUGCCUGCACUGGACGAAAUUCAUCACAACAAAUACAAACUAAUCUAUUUAGCUUUACUAUAAUCUGUUCUUCGUUGCCCAUCCAUCCCUACACCAAUUAAGUAAUACUCGUAUGAUGAUCCUUCCUUGAUGGGCUUCAAGUCACGACAAUAAUAUUAUCAGAGGGGAAGACUCAAAUUAACAGGGAUGGAUGGUGCUGCGACCACCAGGACGGGUGAUGACGAGAAAGAUGAUUGCCAUACAGUUCCAAUUAAUGACACAAGGAAAGUCCUGCAAGUUGAUGCAGAUCUUAAAUUGCCAAUACAGGACAAAGAGCUUCUAGUUGAAUUAAGUGGUAAUUCGCAACCGGUGCUGCAAGCCAAUAAUCAACAAGUAAUACCUGUGAGAGAGGAAGAAGACUUUAUCAUAUUCCAUGGUGUCUCUUAUCUUGGUGCAUCCAAAAUCCAUGAAGCUAACAAUGAGCUCGAAAUUCAGAAAAUAAUUUCAUUUCUAAAUGAAGCAAGUGAUUCCUGUAUUCAAGUUUCAGUAGCAGUACCGUUCUACUCGGAUGGGGAAGUUGUGGUAUACGAAGAGGAGGAUCAAUCUGAAAUCUCACGGUUUAAAAUCAAUCAAAUUAUAUUUUUUGCAAGAGGCGACAAUUCAAACAGUGACAGCAGUUGCUUUGCAUUUACCUGUUCUCAUGGGAAAACUCUCAAUGAAGCCAUUUUCCAAUGCCAUGCAUUCCGAUCUGAUGUAAAAGAUGCGGUUGGAAGAGUAUAUCAGAGCUUUUCGAAUGCUUUCUCAGGCCCCAAACGCGUCGCAGAAAACCUAGUGACGACAAUGAGCGCUGUUUCAGAUGACACGCCAACUACGGGAUCUCAUGAAUGUUCAAUAUUUGAGGUUUCUCUUGAAAUGAAAGAGGACGAUGGAAAAGGAAAUUUCCACUUGGUUCCUCGCUCCUCUUAUUUCAAGUUGAAGAGUUUUGUCUCAAAGCAAAUUGUCCUAACCAUUCAACAGAUCUCCCACAGUUCACCAGAACAGGAGUUAAUUGUUGAGAGAUGCUUUGGAAUUUUGUUCUGCUGUGGAAGAUUUCUGAGACCUUCGGACUUACAGCUUUGUGAAAUGCUGUCAUAUUCUCGCGGUGUCGACAAAAAGUCAUACGUUGUUACUGGUCAGUGGGAUUGCAAUGAUCCUGCAUUUCAGCCCCUUAAUCAAGAGACGCCCAAAGAAUCAUGCAUUUUCUUCAGCGUAGCAGUUGAUAUUGUCUUAAAGAAUGUACAAGAACCUGUCAGAUUUACAAUUGAAAGUAAAGCAAGAGUAUAUCCACCAACAGAAAAGUUUUGGGUAUUAUCUCGAAAACAUCAUGUUACACAACAAUUUCAACUGACAUUAGAAAGAGUCCAGGAUAGCACAAAACUUGUCUACAAAGUUAAAAACUGCACUGCUAUGGGCGAAGUUGAAAAGAGCAAACUAAACUUGAAUUUGAAUUUCACUUCAUUCAUUCGGUCUUCGAGUAUUGGUUCAAUUGAGUUAGAAACACCGACGAGUAAAGACGAAGAGGACUCUGCAGAUGAUGAUGAUGAAGCACUUCCAAGUGGGCAAAUUUUUGGAAGUACUGAAAUUUCUGACGAACAAAUUGCUGUGUGGAGUGAUAUUCUAAAAAUCUGGCCAGUGGAUUCGCCACGUCCGAAGCAGGUUGAAAUUCACGUGAGAUCGGGAAUUCCAGACACAAUGAGAGGAAACAUGUGGAUGAGACUUGCUAAUUGUGAUGAAAUGGAAAUGCUCGAGUUGUAUAAGACAUUGAUAAGCAAAGAGUGUUCCAGUGAUGAUGUAAUUAGAAGAGACAUUCACCGCACUUUUCCUGCAAAUGAAUUCUUCCAGUCGGGAAAUGGCCAGGAACUUUUAUUCAAAAUUUGUCAUGCUUAUGCAAUUUACGACGUGGAUGUAGGAUACCUACAAGGAAUCAGCUUCAUUACAGCAGCACUGCUUUUGCAAAUGCCGGAAGAACAAGCCUUCUGUUUGUUGGUGAAGAUAAUGUUUGGCCAUAUAAAUCUUCGCAAUUUGUAUUUGAAUGAGUUUGAUAAUUUGCACCAACACUUGUAUCAACUCGAAAAACUUAUCCAAGACCAGAUACCAGAACUAUCUGUACAUUUUCGUGAAAGCGGAAUUGAACCACACAUGUUUGCCUCACAAUGGUUUCUUACGCUGUUUUGUGGAAAAUUCCCAUUGGAUUUUGUGUUUCGAGUGAUUGACAUUAUAUUGCUCGACGGGUUUAACACUGUUUUUCAAAUAGCAAUUGCAUUACUGAUGGCUGCAAGGAGAGACUUACUAACCUUGGAUUUUGAAGGAAUAUUGCGUUAUUUUAGAGUCAUUUUGCCAAAGAAAUACAGAUCCGCAGACGCUACAAACUUGUUAAUUCAAAGUGUUUAUAGCGUGAAAGUAAAGAAAUCUAAAUUGAAGAGGUAUAAGAGAGAAUUUGACACCAUGAAAGAACACGCCAGAAAUUCUGUGGACUCAAUCUCAAGAUUAUCAACGGAAAAUAAGCUGCAGAAAGAAGACAUAAUGAGAUUUGAGUAUCUCGUAACAAACUUGGUUCUUUCAAAAACAAGUACAGAUGAACGUUGUUUUCAUCUUGAACAAGAGCUUCAUAAGAUUAAAUUAGAUCUAAAAGAGAAGGAAGAAAUCAAUUUGAAAUUAGAAGAAGAAACAAACUCGGUAAAGGACUUGUUUCAACGAGAAUUGAAACGAAGUGAGGACGAUAUUUGCAAGAAGGACAGCAUAAUUUCUGAAUACAAACAGAUCUGUUCGAAACUUAGCUCUCAAAUAGCUACGGAGCAAAAAUUGUCUAGAGAAAGAAUGUUGUUUUUUCAAACAAAUCUUUGUCCUCCAUGCUUCCAAUUCGCAUCCUGUGCAAUCAACAUUGCCUCAAGUGGUAAAACAAAUGGAGAUUCUACUGAAUCAGGUGCUGGUGACAGGCCACUUGAAGAUAUAGUUAAACCUUUAGAAAAUGAGCUAGCCAAGACAAAAAUUGCACUUGCUGCAAGUGAGUGUGACAAUGAUGAUACCAAACAUAAGCUAAGUUUGGCUCUUGCAGAAUUAGAAACUUAUAGAAAUAGUGGUGCAGCAUCGACAUGGUUAUGGAAGAAUUUGUCUAACAAAAAAUGAUGCCCUGACCGUGAUUGAAUCUCCGUCCAACAAAAGGUGGGAAUUACGUAACUUUGUAAUCGUGCAAACUUUUAGAAACUUUUUAAGAACUAAAAACAUGCCCUCGAGAUUCAUUUUACAAAUGUUUAUAACUGUAUAUAUAAGUUUGUAAAAGUUUACAAAUUUUUAAAGUUACGGAAGUUUCCUAUACUAAUCUUGAUUUUUUUGUGUAAACUAUCGACAAAUAAAUUCGGUAGAAAAAUUACUUCUUUCUAACCAUUCUGACCAUUAAAAGGUUUCUAACAAUAGUUGUUGAUACUUUCUCAUUACUAUAUACAUGCUACCGCAUACGAAGACUGUAUGUAUGUAGUUUAGAUAUGGUAUCAUUCCACUAAAUAUAUUUUAUUUAUUGAUCUUGUAUCCUGAUUCCAUAUUUACAAUAUGUAUACAUAAAAUUCCACUAAUUUAAGACAAAAAUGUUAAAAAAUUGUUGUUAGAAAACAAACCAAGAACAAAUAAACCCUAACCCUUCAUAUAAGUAGUCGAUAA